UUUUUACUACUUAAUAGGAGUCAUCAUUCAAGUCAAGUGAUAUCUGUAAUCUGAGGCUCGUCAGUAAAAGACCAUUUUAAAAUUUAGUUAUUUUCCAAUCAAUAAUAAUUUGUCUGGCGAAACCAUGGCAAAUUUAACAGAAGACGAUUCUUCUGCUGAAACUGAUAAGUUAGUGCCAAGUGAAACCCAUGAAGAAAUUUCUACCGUGGAAAACCAAAAUGUGGACAUCAAUGCUCAAAUUGAUGAACAACGUCAAAGGAUGCAGCCGACUAAAAUGGAAUCAUUUUUUGCCAUAACAAAAUCCCUUAUCAUAAGAGCGUUAGUAGUUUAUUUUAUUACAUCAAUGUUUCGGCAACCUUCUGCACCGAAAACUGACGUUACUAGCUCACCUGGUGUACCUAGACUACCAGCAGUUAAUAUGUUUCAAAAUGGAACAGUUGUGGAUAUGUUUGCAUAUAUAUCAGAGCAUGAAUUUUUAGAUCAUUUUGAACAUGCUCAAUUGAUUUGGAAAGAAACAAAUCUUGUGUAUGGUGACUGGUUUGGUGGACCCAAUAAUGAUGGAACAUAUACUCAUUCCACUAGUAUUGUGCCAUCAGAGUCUUUAAAGAAUAAUGGCUCUAUAUAUAUUCAUGUUUACGUAGUUCCGAAUGGAAAGUCACCAAAUCCAAAAGAUAAAAAUAAUUAUGCUGGACCAUAUGUUACGUAUGGUAAAAAAAUGGUUAACAAAUAUAAAAAGUUAAAAUAUCUAAAAACACAUAACCUUUUGACCGGACAAAGUGAAAAGUCGGAAGAGGAAUUAAAAAAAGCUGAAACAAUGAAAGAAGAGAUAGUGUCACAUUGGCAUCCUAAUUUGACUAUUAAUUUAGUAACAGAUCAAACAAAUUGGAUGCAAGGCAGUGUUCCGCCACCACUUGAUGAAUUUAUAUAUUUUUUGCCUGAUGGUAAGGAGUAUAAACCUGCUGUGUUCUUAAAUGAUUACUGGAAUAUGAUGCGUGACUAUGUACCACUCAACAGUAGUGUUACUAGCCUUAAUCUACAACUAACAUUUCAACCGUUGAGUCUUUUCAAAUGGCAGUUAUACACGGCACAAGUUAUGAGAGACAAACUGAGCAUGUUUUCAGCUCUUGGUGCAGAGGAGCAAGAUGAAGAACAGGAUACUGUGAAAGAAUUGCUUUUGGACACAUCUCCUUAUUUAUUGGGUUUAACUAUAUCUGUCUCUAUCCUACAUUCAAUUUUUGAACUUUUAGCAUUUAAGAAUGACAUUCAGUUUUGGAACAACAGGCAGUCCUUGGAAGGACUCUCUGUGCGAUCAGUUUUCUUCAAUGUUUUUCAGUCUACAGUUGUAUUGCUCUAUGUAUUAGAUAAUGAAACUAAUGUUAUGGUUAGAAUUUCUUGCUUUAUUGGCUUAUUGAUUGAAAUCUGGAAAAUUAAUAAGGUUAUGGAUGUGAAAUUGAAUAGGGAAGAUAGGAUAUUUGGAUUUCCCAAAAUAUCUUUAACAGAUAAGGGUUCUUAUGUAGAAUCAAGCACAAAACAAUAUGAUAUGUUAGCCUUCAGAUAUUUAAGCUGGGCAUGCUUUCCUCUGCUGAUUGGAUAUGGUAUUUACUCACUUUUAUAUCUGGAGCAUAAAGGAUGGUAUUCAUUCAUUCUAAACAUGAUGUAUGGAUAUCUAUUGACUUUUGGGUUUAUUAUGAUGACUCCUCAAUUAUUUAUCAAUUACAAACUAAAUUCUGUAGCACAUUUACCGUGGCGAAUGAUGACAUAUAAAUUUCUCAAUACCUUUAUCGAUGACAUAUUUGCAUUUGUGAUUAAAAUGCCAACAAUGUACCGUCUGGGAUGUUUUAGAGAUGAUAUUGUUUUCUUUAUAUUCCUGUAUCAGCGCUGGAUCUACAAAGUUGACCAUAAGCGAGUUAAUGAAUUUGGAUUUUCUGGGGAAAUGGAGCAGCAACAAAACCAAAAUCUUUCCCUAACACAAUCUGAACCUGAAGUGACUGAUAAGAAGAAUGAUUAAUUCUUUAAGAUGUAAAUACAUAAAUAGAGGUGGUACAUUAGAUAAAUUUAUUUAUAGCCUGUUUCUCCAAAAUCUUAAAUGAUCAGUAAUUUAUAAAUCAUAAUUAAUAAGUGAUGCAAAGACAUUUACACCCUUUAUGUCAAAAUUGUCUUUGUGCUCUGUUAUUAACAACCUUAUCAUGGAAUACAUAUUUAAUAAAAGAUAAUUCUGCUAGGAUAAUUAUCUGAAUUAUGUUUAUAACUACAAUUAUGGACAUUAUUUUAUGAGUUUCAUAAUAUGUAGUAAAUAAUGAUUAUGGUCUUUAAACUAAAACCCUUGUUUAUACAUACAAUGUUUAUAUUACUUUAUAUAUUAUUAGUUUAAUUUCUUUAAAACAAAUAUUGACUUCACAGUUUUUGUAUGUUAAGUAAAUAGAAAAUCUGAAGCAUAAGCUUUGUCUAAAAUUUA